AGUGGCGGAGUUAAAUUAAUCGAAGCAUGUUCUCCGUCACCCCGAAUGAAGUCAUCGAGCUGGAGCCGACCACCCCACCUCCGGCAAGCCAGCGACGGAGUCCCAGCAGUCAACGGAGUAUUACCAAUGCGCGCCCGCUUCCUGAAUCCACGAUCGAGAGUUUCUUCUACAGUCCGAGUAAUCUCAAGGCGUCGAUGGGCAAGUCAGACAUGGAGAGUAUGGAGCCCCCAACGAAGCGCCGGACGAUACCAUUCUGGAUGCAGGAGGACCGAGGAAAGGAUGCAGCACCGUGGAAGAAGCAGCGUCGGACUAGAGGCCCGGCUGUAUUCGAGGAGGAGGGCGAGUUGUCUGACCAGCAACGUUAUGUGUUCGAUCUGGUAGUUAAACAUAAGAGGAGCAUAUUCUUCACUGGUAGCGCUGGUACAGGAAAAACCAGAACCCUCCGAGAAGUCAUUAAAGCUCUGCCACAGAAGUCUACCUUCAUAACGGCCCUCACGGGUAUAGCGUCUACGCUGCUGGACAGAAGGGCUACUACCUUGCACAGCUUCGCAGGAAUCGGUCUCGCACGCGGGACCAAGCAUGAUCUGGUGAGGUUCGUGAGGAAGAAUGGCAAGGCUGUCCAGAACUGGCAAGACUGUAAAGUGCUGAUCAUCGAUGAGGUCUCCAUGAUGAGCGCGGAUCUCUUCAACAAGCUGGAUUAUGUCGCGAAAGAGAUCCGCUCCGAGCGUACGAAACCCUUCGGAGGAAUUCAACUCGUACUGGUCGGCGACUUUUACCAAUUGCCGCCAGUCUUCAAAAAUCGGCAGAGUGAUGCCAAUCUUGAGCAAGGCCUCAAGUGCUACGAGUCACCAGAGUGGGACAGAGUCAUCGAGAUGAACGUCCGUCUCACACAGGUGUAUCGUACCAAAGACAAGGCGUUGAAGGAUAUGCUGGAUGAGAUACGCGACAACAACCUCUCUCAGCGGUCUAUGAACUUGCUCAAGAGGCUACAGAGAGAAAUCACUACCCCCAGCGGAGUAAGGCCGACGAUACUGUACCCGAUGAACGAACAGGUUGACCGCAAGAAUGCUGAGGAGAUGAGUCGGCUCACUGGCGAGAGUGAAACGUACGAGGCUGAGGACUCGGGCCAUCCUGAGGACCUCCAAUAUAUGGAUCGCUAUACGCUCUUCCCUCGCAAGCUCACUCUGAAGAUCGGCGCCCAAGUUAUGCUGCUGAAGAAUCAAAAUGGUGACACGGGCACACGGCUGGUGAAUGGAUCGCAGGGGAAGGUCGUGGGAUUCGUCUCAGCGUCUGGAGGUCUCUCCCCUGGUUCUGAAGAUGACCCCGAGAAGGAAUGGCGAGAGUCUCCUUCUCCGCGGCUGCCGAUGGUGCAGUUCUCUCACAUGGGGGAGAUUGUCGAGCAAGUUAUAGGCUUUGAGAACUUUGAGCUGGAGACGAAGAACAGGAAAAUGAAGAGGAAACAGAUACCUCUGAAGCUUUCGUGGGCUAUGACCAUCCACAAGGCCCAGGGCAUGUCCAUCGACUGCGUACAAGUGGACAUCAGCCGAGUGUUUGCUGAGGGCCAGGCGUAUGUUGCGCUGAGUCGAGCGCGGUCGAUCGAAGGCUUGCAAGUGUUGAGUUUCGAUGCACGCCGUUUCGGCUGCUCUCCUGAGGUCGUUCAAUUCUAUAAGACUCAUGUUAGAGACGCCCCGUUGGUCUAUAGUAGUGGUGGGGACACUACCGCAGCGGUAGGGUCGUCGAAGGAUUCCAAUGAGAGCGCUGCCAACCGAGCGUCAGUGGCUUCCAACUCUAGCCAGGUUGGGGUUCCGGGAAAAUGGAACAAAAAAAGGGAUCUCAAGAAGCGAGGGAUUUAAUAAUUUGCAUUCAGAACUUUCCA